GAUUAUUGCGACAGAAGACACAAGUGAAUGUAUAUAUCUGCUUCGUGUUCAUGUUCAUUAUUUAUUUCUCUAAUAAUUUCCAUAAUUUCCAAUCAUUUUCGUAUUCUAAAAAAGAGUAUUGUUGUGACGAAUUUUAUUGACAAUUCCCCAUCCACAUGAAUUGGAGACAAUUUUGACCUUAUUGCCAACAAACGCCAACAAUCAACACCUUGUUGUAAUUUUAAUAUAAAAAUCUAACCUUCCUUGAAAAUGGGCGCACGUCAAAUGGGGGUGUAGCCUCAUCAAAACAAAGUCGUUUUCUGUUUUCUUGAUAAAGUCACACUGAUGUCUUCGGCAAAUAGUGUUGAGUCCUUGGGGACGUUACAAUGGGAUAUGAUGGAAUUGGCAGGUCAUCUUCGACAGGAACGUCUUUUUGUCAGCUCUGAACAACAAAAUCUACAGACACUCAAUGAAAAAGUUUUGUAUUUGUCGUCGGACUUGGCGCAACAGGCAUGGGUGACAGCGCAACAAAGAGUGAAUUUAAAUCAUUUAAUAGUCUCUCGUCCCGAUUCAACUCCAGCAUCGUGUUGUCAUCGUGCAAAUGUUUUAGAAAAUUCACACUUUAUCGACGCCUAUAAGCAUUUUCGUUAUCAAAUAUGCCUAUCAUAUGGGGAAUUUCUUCACGGUCUUCGGAAAUCACCGAAACUUUUAGCAUCGUGUCUAGUUGAGGGAGACAAAAUUUUACCCGAAGCAAUGCAGGGAAUAAUACAAUCACUCGCCGCUGGACUCUAUGGAAGUUGUCUAUUUCCCGAGGAUAAACUUUUAGUUUUAAAACUUCUUCGUUAUUUAAUGCUUCUACAAGUUGUUCCAUCCGAUAAUCCCCGACGAUUAUUAAGGCAUGGAACUUGUGCAUUUUCCAGUUUUUACUCAGUCUUUCACGAGAGUUUAUUUUCGUCGAAAUUCUUUUUAACCGCCGCACUGCACAAUCCAAUAAUGCAAUUAUUAAUGGAGGACGAGAUGUUUCUUGAUAUUGAUCCCGAUAAGGCGUCAAUUCGUUUUCCACCAGUUGAACGUUUAAAGAAAUUUGGCAAAGAAGGAACACCGGAAUAUCAGGCAAAAUUACAACGCUAUCGUAUUUGGACUAUAAAUUCAUUGGUUCGAAUAACACAGAGAUUUAUUCUCAGCAUUCGUGAGAAUAUGCAUUGUUUUCCAACAAGUAUUUAUUGGCUUGUGAGACAAAUGGCUGGACUUUUGAAUAAAAAUGGGAAUAUCGAUCAGAAGGAGAUAUACGCAAUGUGUACGGAUUUGGUGUUUACUUAUUUUAUAUGUCCGGCAAUUGUUAAUCCUGAGCCAUAUGGCAUCACUGACGCUCCAAUAAGUUAUGUCGCGAGAUUUAAUUUAAUGCAAGUUGGACAAAUUUUACAAAUGCUCUCGCUUAUUAAAUAUCAAACAAUUGACACGAAGGUGCUUGAUUUGUAUAGAAGAUUUGAGAAGGAUUCAGUUUCGUCGAUAAUUGAUGCAAUGUUGGAUGGAGCAACGGAGGAAUUGGAAGAUGAGCCAACAAUGAUCGAUGCUAAUAAAUUACAGGGUCUGUCACGUUCCGCGGCACUUUUCACUGAGAGCGAAUUAAAUGCUUUGAUUUCAUUUUUACAAGUGAUUCAUGAUGGGACUAGUAAAAAUGAAUCGUCAAAUUUAAUUCUCGAUAAUCAGAAACAAUUGAGUGAUAUGUUGGUUCAAUUGCCUUUGUCGAUGCCAAAUGCAAAUCGAAUUGCGGAUAAUGUUUCUCCUGAAACUCCCAACAAACGUGGAGGAAUUCUUGGAAAAGGUAAAGGAAGAGGAAUUCGUAUAUCCUCCUCAUCGUCGAAUACAACAACCGAUGGCAGUGAGGACGUGAAUGGAUCUUCGGCAAUUGAUGACGAGGCGAUGGAUAAAGUUUCUCAGGGUGUUCUCGUUAUUCCCUUCGGACCAACAGUAAGCGAAUGUGUUGGAUUGAUCAACGAACAAAAGGUUUUAUGUAUGGAUAUACAAAAUAAUAUGGAAAAUGGCUCAAUCACAUUUAAUCUUUCGGACGAUUUGUCAAAUCGUAAUAAUCAUGGGAGAGAAGGAAAUAGUGUCGAACGUAUUGAAACACAAGAAAAACGAACACGUUUCUCACUAUCUCACGACGAAGUGCUAUUUGAGGGAUCAAUUGGAAACACAUCUGAUAAUUUGGAAGCCGUUUCUGAGGCAGCAUCGAAUCACAGCGUUGCAUCGUCUCUUGAAUUAGAAACAGAAGAUCAAAAUGACAAUUUAUCAGAUAUGGUUUCAGCGAAUGUGUCAGGAAGAGGUACACCGAAUAUAUCGGGACGUGACACGCCAUCAUCGCAGAUAACAGAGGGCGACGAUGGUCGUGUUGCUGGUGAAGCGAGACAAUUAGAUUUACCACCACCCUCAAUGCCAACAAAGCAAAGUCGCUCUGAAAUUGAUGAUAAAUUUUGUAAAUUCGAAAUUAAAAAACUCAUCGAAGGGGAUGAAACAAUUUCACUGGUGUCCGAUACAUGGUCCACAGAUGUUUUGGCCUCGGAUAGUGAAAUUGUUGAGCAACAGGAGAGAUUUUUGUUUCCUCCGCCACCACCUCAAGAACAACCGCCGCCUUCGCUUCCUGUUGAAAGUUCACAAUUAGAUGUUAGCGAAACUGCUUCGGAAGCCUGGAGUACAGACGUUCUUGCUAGUGAUUCGGAAAGACUCACUGAAGUUGAUACUGAUGACACAGCCAGCGUUGCAAGAUCGGAUGAUACUGCAAGAUCGGAAAUAGAAAGUCGCGGUGAACCCGAAGGAGGAGAAGAAACACCACCACCUAUCAACUCAGAUAAUGCGGCAGCGGUUUUUAGACCAAUUCGAGAAGAUCCAAUUGGAAGUUCUUCAGUGAGUGUGCUUUCGUCACCGACAACGAUGCAUUCGCCAAUUUCGAACAUUACUACUAGAGGAGGAAUGAGAGCUGAUUACAGACGAAGCACGAUUGAUUAUGUAGACAAUUCCAAUAACAACAAUAACAUGGAUUAUGGAAAAGGAGUUGGAGAAGAGAGAUUAGUUCAUUUGAUGGAUAAACUACAAUUCGACACUAACAAGAUAAAUUCAGAUCGUCAAAAUCCAGUGAAUGGAUUCGUAUCCGUUGCUUCAUCGGCAAAUUCAACAUUGUCCAAUAAUACUUUGUGUCCGAUUCUCUCGCAGGAUAAAUUAUCAAACGGCGAUGUUAAAACAGAGGAAUUGGACGGCUAUGCAGCGGGAAAUUCGAGUGAUGUUGUCGUGAGAUUAAGUACUGCGAGUCUAACGUCGAGCAGUAGUUCGGGAUCAGAACCACGAUCGAAAAAUAAUCGUUGUAUCGGUGAUUUAUCAAAUGUACAAUCGCUGAUGAAUGGUGGUAGUGAUUGUCAGGCAAUUUCCCCGUCUUUAAAACCAAGCACAUCAACGGGAGCAAUACCGAAGAGCAUAAGUUUUGAUAUGACCGCUGAACGUGGCGAUAAGGAAUUAUUGGACGAUGAUCAGAAAAAUAAGAGAGGAUUUUUCGGUAAACUUAAAAUGACAUUGAAAAAUAGAAGGGGAAAAUCGUUACGUGGCGCUGAUGAUUUAAGUAGAUGUUAUGAACGAGACAGUGGAACUGAUGGUAUCGAUAUUAAUCGUCACAGACUAAGAAGAAUUAUGUCCGAAGAUCCUUCUGCCAGUGGCAGUACACAUAAUGAUAGUACGGACGAUAUUUUAGCAAAAUACAGAAGAAAACCGAGUGCAAAUAGCGAUACGGCUUCUGUAGAAAGUACACAAUCGAGAACAAAGGAAAUUGAAGAUGAGAGAUUAUUAAUUGAUCCUAAUAAUAUAGAAAUGUCCUUUGCGUUCAUUGAUGCAAAGAGAAAACUCCGAAUGGUACUUAGUACUGCUGAUUUACAACACGUUCCAUGGUCGAACAUAACUGAGAGAAACGGUUGGACGCAAAAGGAAAAUGAGUUGGUGGCUUUUCUUCAGAUGCAAUUGGCCGAAGCUAUCAAUUUACAAGAUAGAGCAUUGAUAGCACAUUUACAUGAGACAUUGAGAUGCGUGAGAUUAUUUAAUGACGAUGGUUGUAGAAAAUUGUUCAGAUCAUUGAAAGAUGACUACAGAAAAAGAUCACCGUACAUUGCGUAUCUUGUUCGAUGUCGACAGGGUUUAUUGUCAACAGUCGCUCAUUUAGAUCGAUUGUCAGAACGUGUCAAAUGCGAUCGAGAUGCAGUAAACAAUCAUUUGGUAUCAGUUUGCGUGAGAGUGUUUCUCGAGAAAAGAGAAACUUUACUCUCUCGAUUUUGCGAGGAAUUCAAAAUGCUUUCUCUAAUUGAUGAAAAACAGGAUUUGGUGGAAAAUUUCCUAGGAACAAUUCACGCCGAAAUGGAAAAUGACUCAAUAUGGCAAGCUGCCAGUAAUACUCAAUUGAAAUUAGCGAGAAUUGUUGUCGAGAGAAUUGUCAUGGCUCAAAUUUACAAUUUUGCUCUAUUUCCAAAUGGAGACGGCGAUUUAUGCAGGGAUCAAGUUCUCAAUGAUCAUAUUAAAAAAUUGUCAAAAGGUUUAACGCCCAAUCAUAAGGAUUUACGAAUUCCAAAGAUCUAUCAUUACGAAUGUCCCUGGCCAUGGGCACAAGCCGAAUUGACAGUAAUAUCGGCGUACAAAACUCCUCGAGAUAAAUUUCAAUGCAUUUGGAGAUGUGCCACAACAAUAAUGAGCCUAUUAUCAAUGGCAUCGGAGAGAGGAAUCCCAGCUGCUGAUGAUCUAAUUCCAGUUCUUGUUUAUGUCAUCAUAAAGGCAAAUCCACCAUCAUUAUUGUCGACAGUCCAAUAUGUUGAAAGCUUCUACAGUAAUCAUUUACAGGGUGAGGAACAAUAUUGGUGGACACAAUUUUGUUCUGCAAUUGAAUUCAUUAAGACAAUGGAUUAAUAGUUACAUAAAUUAUUAAUUAAUAAUAAUAUUAAUAAUAAUAAUAAUACCUAUGCAUAAAAAAUAAUUCAGAAUAUUUUUUUCUGAAUAUUUAUUAGAAAUACUUUGUUAAUUUUUUUUUGUGCAAAGUUACAAUCUUAAAAAAAAGAGAGAAAAAAAUUUCAUGCUUCAAAGAAUGAGUCUUGUAUAUUUAAACGAUAAUAUUGUAAAAUUAAAUAAUUUUGCUUAUUUUUUCCUAAUUAUGCUAAAACAGAAGAUAUAUAUGUUAAUAUUUGUAACACCAAAUAACAGUAACAUGUAACAAUAACACCAAAAUUUGUGUUGGU